AUGUGGGAUCAAGGAGGAGGACAACCUUGGCAGCAGUGGCCCUUGAACCAGCAACAAUGGAUGCAGUCAUUCCAGCACCAACAGGAUCCAAGCCAGAUUGACUGGGCUGCUUUGGCUCAAGCUUGGAUUGCCCAAAGAGAAGCUUCAGGACAGCAAAGUAUUGUAGAACAACCACCAGGAAUGAUACGUUCACCUAUUGCACUUCCUGUGAAACAGGAGCCUCCACAAAUUGAUGCAGUAAAACGUAGGACUCUUCCAGCUUGGAUUCGUGAAGGCCUUGAAAAAAUGGAGCGUGAAAAACAAAAGAAGCUAGAGAAAGAAAGAAUGGAACAACAACGUUCACAAUUGUCAAAAAAAGAAAAGAAGGCUACAGAAGAUUCUGAAGGAGGUGAUGGCCCACGUUUACCUCAAAGAAGUAAAUUUAUGUUGCUAACAAAAAUGCUUCUGACUGAAAUCCUAUUGGAUGUGACAGAUGAAGAGAUUUAUUAUAUAGCCAAAGAUGCACACAGGAAAGCAACGAAAGCUCCUGCAAAACAGCUGGCACAGUCCAGUGCACUGGCUUCCCUCACUGGACUUGGUGGACUAGGUGGAUAUGGAUCAGGAGACAGUGAAGAUGAGAGGAGCGACAGAGGUUCUGAGUCAUCUGAUACUGACGAUGAAGAAUUACGGCACCGAAUCCGACAAAAACAAGAGGCAUUUUGGAGAAAAGAAAAAGAACAACAGCUGUUACAUGAUAAACAGAUGGAAGAAGAAAAGCAGCAAACAGAAAGGGUUACAAAAGAGAUGAAUGAAUUCAUCCAUAGAGAACAAAAUAGUUUUCUGCUAGAUGCAAGAGAAGAACGUACUUUUAUACAGAGGCAGCUGGAAUUUUGUAUUACAGGUUUUAAAGGGUAUGAAAGUGGGCCAUAA